UUGACGGCAGUUAAAAACUUUGACCUUUUCAAAUUCCAAAUUUGCUCCAACCUCUCGCAACGAAAACACCCAUUACCCCCCAAAGAGAAAAUCAAGCAGAGAAAGGAAACCCAUUUACUGUAAAUUUCUUCAAUUGGGUUUCCUUUCUCUCUCAUCCUCUCUCUUUCUCUGAAACCUUCCUGCAGCUCCAAUGGCUUCUCCUGCAAUGAAAAGGUGGUUGAGGCCUGAGGUGUACCCAAUCUUUGCUGUGGUGGGCUCUGUUGUUGGUAUUUGUGGCAUGCAAUUGGUGCGGAACAUUACCGGCAACCCUGAAGUGAGGGUUACCAAGCAAAAUAGAGCUGCAGGGAUCCUUGAUAAUUUUGCAGAGGGGGAGAAAUACAAGGAGCAUGGCGUAAGGAAAUUCGUACGCAACAAACAACCUGAAAUCAUGCCUUCAGUGAACCAGUUCUUUGCAGGUCCCAAAUGUUGAUCAUGUGCUUAUCUUUUGGUUUCCAGAAUUGUUUGGAUGGCAUGAAAGUUGGUUUGUUUGACUAAGCAUGCUUAGUUGUGUUCGAAGCUAUGUUCUGAUUGCCGAAUGUCAUUUAUUGAAUAAAAUUUUAUUUUUAUCU